AGCGUCUCAGUUCAAUCCUGCACACAGACCCGGAUACAGUGUAGGUUACUCAGGGUCCUAGAUAUACUAGGAUCAUGUGAUUCGUUACGUAGUGAGAAAUUUUACAGAAAAGUUUUAAGGAUAUUGUAAAAACUGUGAAAAAUGCAGAUUAAGGGUUCCUGACCUUGACAAUUUAAAGUGUUGAUACAAGUGCCUGCCUCGGGCUGUGGUCAUGAAGUUUGUCAUUUGGCGCAACAUGACUUAUUAUAGAUAACACUGAUCUAAACGCUACCAGAGUUAAAAACCACAAUGGGAUUCGUCCCGAUAAUGUGGAAACAAUAUUUCUCCGCUCUCCUCUUCGUCCCAACCCUGCUCCUGGUUACCGGAGUCGGGACGGUUGACGACUCUAGAAUGAGCAACAAGUACGAGCAGCAAAGAUAUGAUGGUUGGUAUAAUAACCUAGCUCACCCUGAGUGGGGAUCAAUAGAAUCCCAUCUAACUAGAAAAACUCCUCCGUCCUACUCCGACGGAGUUUAUCAAAUGAGUGGAACGAGUCGUCCUAGUCCUAGAAAGCUAUCUCAGUCCUUUAUGAAAGGCAAGGACGGUCUGGGGUCCUUAAAGAAUAGGACAGCUCUUGGAACAUUCUUCGGACAGGUGGUGUCUGCUGAAAUUCUGAUGGCAAGUGAAUCUGGGUGUCCGAUAGAAAUGCACAAGAUUCCAAUUGAAAAAUGUGACGAAAUGUACGAUGAGGAAUGUACAGGCGACAAAUUUAUGCCCUUCCAUCGUGCCGGGUACGACAAAAAGACGGGUCAGAGUCCUAACACGCCUCGAGAACAGCAGAACAGUAUGACAAGCUGGAUUGAUGCUAGUUUCGUCUACUCAACAAAGGAGUCUUGGGUGAGUGCGAUGAGAUCGUUUGAGAACGGGACCCUGAAAAUGGACGGAGAUACUGUUUACGGAAUGCCUCCACACAACCUGAUGAGGGUUCCGAUGGUUAAUGCUCCGGCUCCUCAUCUCCUUGCUCAGCUUAAACCAGAGAGAAUGUUUCUACUCGGAGAUCCCAGAACCAACCAGAAUCCAGCCUUUCUCGUCCUAGGCAUAAUUUUCUACAGAUGGCACAAUUUCCAGGCUGAGCGAGUACGUGAGGUUAAUCCUGAUUGGUCUGACGAGGACGUAUUCCAGGCCGCUAGAAGACGGGUAAUUGCCUCCCUCCAGUCCAUCAUCAUGUACGAAUAUCUUCCCGCAUUCCUGGGCAAGGAGGUUCCGGAGUUUGACGGAUAUAAACCUGACGUUCAUCCCGGUAUAUCUCACGUCUUUCAGAGCGCAGCAUUCAGGUUCGGACACACCAUGAUACCGCCUGGAAUCUACAAGAGGGAUAAUCAGUGUGAUUUUAAACCCUCCCGGAGCGGAGAUGUUGCCAUGAGACUCUGUUCCACCUGGUGGGACGCAGAGGGAGAUAUUACUCCGGGCUCUGUAGACGAGAUCGUUAUGGGACUUUCCAGUCAGAUCGCAGAGAGGGAGGAUCCCGUGUUCUGUUCAGAUGUAAGAAACAGUUUGUUCGGUCCCAUGGAGUUCUCCAGAAGGGAUCUAGCAGCUCUUAAUAUUAUGCGGGGGAGGGACAAUGGGUUGUCUGAUUAUAACACUGUCCGGAAAUGUUUUGGGUUUCCUAUGUUGACUAAUAUCAGUGAGAUCAACAAGGAGCUCUACGCAGAGCAUCCGGAGAUAUUCAAAACCCUGGAGAAGGAGUACGGAGGUGAUCUGAUGAACAUUGAUCUGUUCGUUGGAGGUAUGUUGGAGUCCAGCGGAGACCCAGGACCACUCUUCUCAAAGAUCAUUCUGGAACAGUUUCUCCGGCUCCGGGAUUCAGACCGAUUCUGGUUUGAAAACACAGAGAACGGACUAUUCACUGAAACCGAGAUUGCUGCUCUAAGAAAACUAAAACUUUCUGAGAUUAUUAUCUCAGUGACGGAUAUAAACCGCGGAGAUAUUCAAGAAAAUGUUUUCUUUUUCAAAUCCGGAGAUCCGUGUCCUCAACCCAUGCAGCUCAACGCGACCGAGAUGGAACCUUGCAUGUUCCUUAAAGGGUUUGAUUACUUCCAGGGCAGCGAGGUUCCUUACAUAUUUGGAUGUAUUAUUAUCUGUAUUAUUCCUGUAAUCCUCUCCUGUCUAGCCUACGCUGUUGUCAAAGUGAUGAACUCGCGCAGGCGCAGGAUCAAGACCAAGUGGGAGGAGAACAACAACGGGAAGUCUGUUGACAAGAUGUACGUGAAAGAGUGGCUGCAUCACAACGCCAAGCGUAAUGUCAAGAUUAAGUUUGGUCCUGAUGAGGCGUUUCAUCUGAUGAACAGGAAAGGGGAGAAGCUCCGAACCGUGAGUAUCAAGGGAAUUGAAAAUCUAGUGUGUGAGGUUACUCAGGAUAAUAGUAAAAACCCCAUGAUGCUGAUCAGUGUCAACAAGGACCAUGAUCUUGUUCUGGAGUUCAGUGGAGUCAAAGAGCGGAAGAAGUUGUUGACCAAACUUGAAAACUUUCUUCAGAGUCAUAAGAAACGACUUGAAACCGUCCCAACCUUUAAGGACGAAAUGCUGGCAAAUGCUGAGACAAAGGAGAGAAGGAAAGCAAGGUUGGAACAUUUCUUCCGGGAAGCGUAUGCUUUAACCUUCGGACUGAAACCCGGAGAGAAACGACAACUGGAGGUGGAUAGUGAUGUGAUCAUGGUGAUGCGAACCUCUCUUUCAAUGCAGGAAUUUGCGUCUGCUCUGGGUAUGCGCGCUAGCGAUGUAUUUGUGAAGAAAAUGUUCGCGAUUGUAGAUAAGGAUAACGACAACAGGAUUUCCUUCCAAGAGUUCUUGGAUAUGAUUGUCCUAUUCUCCAAAGGCAGACAGGAUGAUAAGCUGAGGAUUAUAUUUGACAUGUGUGACACGGAUAGAAAUGGAGCUAUAGACAAGGAAGAACUAUCUGAGCUCCUAAACUCAUUAGUAGAUAUUGCCAAGACACAGCGGCUCUCCACUGAAGAAGUGACAGAACUGAUCAACAGUAUGUUCAAGUCUGCAGGGUUCCAGGACAAGGAAAGUUUGUCCUAUGAUGAUUUUAAGAUCAUGAUGAAAGAGUUUAAAGGAGACUUCUUGGCCAUAGGUUUGGACUGUAAAGGAGCGAGGCAAAACUUCCUUGACACUACAACGAAUGUGGCUAGGAUGCAGUCUUUUGCAGUUGAUGCCAUUGCAGAGAGAAGGAAGCACUGGCUCCUUAAGAAGUGGGACGUUUGCUCCAACUACUUGGAGAACUACAGACAAUGUAUCUUCUAUGUUUUCGUAUUCUACGUCAUUACAAUCGCCUUGUUCAUCGAGAGGUUUGUGUACUACGCUUUCAUGGCUGAGCAUAAGGAUUUGAGACAUAUCAUGGGAAUAGGUAUUGCGGUGACAAGAGGUUCUGCAGCAAGUUUGUCCUUCUGCUACUCCCUCCUCCUGCUCACAGUGUGUAGGAAUAUGAUCACCAAGAUGAAGGAAUGGGCCUUUAAUCAGUAUAUACCCUUGGACUCAAACAUUGUGUUCCACAAGAUAUGCGCGUAUACCGCGGUAUUUAUGUCAGUAGUCCAUACAUGCGGCCAUCUUGUAAACUUUUACCACGUGGCCACUCAACCUCUAGAACAUCUUCACUGUCUCAGUCAGGAGUUUAGCUUCAGCAGUGAUCAGAAACCAACCAUUGCCUACUGGUUGUUCCAGACGUUGACCGGCCUGUCUGGAGUAGCUCUGUGGAUCAUUGUCUGCUCAAUCUUCAUCUUUGCAUAUCCAACUGUUAGGAAGAAGGCGUAUAAUUUCUUCUGGAUGGUUCAUCAUCUUUACAUUCCCUUAUACUUUCUCAGUCUUAUCCAUGGGCUGGCGAGGAUCACUGGAGAACCAAGAUUCUGGAUUUUCUUUGUUAUUCCUGGACUCAUCUAUACCUUUGAUAAGGUAGUUACACUGCGUACCAGGUAUAUGGAGCUGGAUAUCCUAGAAACCGAACUCCUGCCUAGUGACGUCAUCAAGAUCAAGUUCUACAGACCUCCUAACAUGAAGGUGCUGUCAGGACAGUGGAUCAGGUUUACAUGUACUCAUGUUGAACCCGUUGAGUUUCAUUCAUUUACUCUAACCAGUGCGCCCCAUGAGGACUUCCUCUCCGUCCAUAUUAAAGCAGUUGGUCCAUGGACCUGGAAACUGAGAAACACCUUUGAUAAGGCUGUAAACGACAAGGAGGAGGAUAAGGAUAACCCUGCCAAGAUCAGGAUCGAAGGACCCUUUGGAGGAGGAAACCAGGACUGGUACAAGUUCGAGGUUGCAGUUAUGGUUGGAGGAGGUAUUGGAGUAACUCCGUAUGCAUCAAUUCUUAACGAUCUUGUAUUCGGAACUUCAACGAACCGUUACUCCGGCGUGGCCUGCAAAAAGGUUUACUUCUUGUGGAUCUGUCCCUCACACAGAUACUUCGAGUGGUUCAUCGAUGUUCUCCGGGACGUGGAGAAGAAGGACGUGACCAAUGUCCUGGAGAUGCAUAUAUUCAUCACGCAGUUCUUUCACAAGUUUGAUUUAAGAACAACAAUGCUGUAUAUUUGUGAAAACCACUUCCAGAGGUUGUGUCGGAGAAGUAUGUUUACUGGGCUUAAAGCCAUUAAUCAUUUCGGUCGUCCUGACAUGCCAUCCUUCUUCAAGUUCGUCCAGAAAAAGCACAGCUACGUGAGCAAGGUUGGUGUGUUCUCUUGUGGACCCGGAGCUAUGACUGCUUCCGUGAGAGAGGGUUGUGAGGCUGUGAACCGACAACGCAAGAUUCCAAACUUCAUUCACCACUACGAAGUUUUCUAAGUCAUGAAACCGUUCUAAGUCAUUCAAUUGCAAACAAAACUAGGUUUAGGAGAAGUCAGUCAAAGUCAGUUUUAUCAUUGCUCAAGAAUAUUUGUGUACUGAGACUGAACUAAAAAACAUUCUCCUUAGAAAAUGUGAUAAAGUUUAGGCUAAACCGUUUUUAUAAAUAUUUAUUGGGUUUCACCAGUACAUUGUUGAACCCGGAGCAUCUGCCUUGCUCAAUCCUAGAAUCAGUAUAGGAAGUAAACUCUAGGAAACCAUUAUUCAAAAUAAUUUUUAGACUUGACUUUAAAUAUGUUGCAUUUUGAUAAUAUCGAAAAAUGUUUAAGAAACGAGUGAGGUUGGGAACAGAAACAUUCUCAACAAUUUAUCUCAUAUUUAAACAUGUUGUACAGUGUUGAAUAGUGUCCUAUUAUUAUAAUAUUUUAUAUUAAAAACCAUGACUAAAAUAAAGAUAUUUUUAAGUUA